CUUUGCCUAAUUCCAUUUCUUUUGCUGCAAGAAAGAGGAGGCGACAUUCAUCAUGGUCCACAACUACUCCAAGACCGCCAAGGUCCCCAAGCGUCCCUACGAGGCCGCUCGUCUCGACCAGGAGAUCAAGCUCGCCGGUGAAUACGGUCUCAAGAGCAAGCGUGAGAUCUACCGCAUUGGUCUCUCGCUCUCCAACAUCCGCCGUGCCGCUCGUGAGCUUCUCACCCUCGACUCCAAGGACCCCAAGCGUCUCUUUGAGGGCAACGCUCUGAUCCGCCGUCUCAUCCGCAUCGGUGUCCUCGACGAGACCAAGGCCCGUCUUGAUUACGUGCUUGCCCUCAAGAUCGAGGAUUUCUUGGAGCGCCGUCUCCAGACCCAGGUCUUCAAGCUCGGUCUUGCCAAGUCCAUCCACCACGCCCGUGUCCUGAUCCGCCAGAGACACAUUCGUGUUGGCAAGCAGAUCGUCAACGUUCCCUCGUUCGUUGUUCGUCUCGACAGCCAAAAGCACAUUGACUUUGCCCUCACCUCGCCCUAUGGUGGUGGCCGUGCUGGCCGUGUCAAGAGAAAGCGCUCUAAGGCUGCUGCUGGCGGUGACGAGGAAGUCGUUGAGAAUGAUGAUUAAACAUAUCGUGUAACUCGGGAAAUACAUUCAUGCUGACGGCUUUCCCGUAUCUGUGUACAUUUCAAUAUCACACCUGUGCAUCAUCGACGACA